GCCCGAGGCUCCAGCAAGGGGCAAGGUCCAUCCCUGGCCCAAUGGGGCAGCGUUGGUGGCCACGGCCCAGCCCGAGUCCGGGCAGCAUCAGCCCCUGGCACCAGGGAGGCCCAGGUGGCCCUCACCUCCCAGAAGAGCAGCUGCCGCUGGUGUCCGGGGGAUGACGAAUCCCCCCUCUCCAGGUCCCUCAACAUCGUCACAGACCAUUAAUUCUGGGCAAGGGUUUCUCACAUUCCCAGGAAGCCUCACCUACCUCCCUGGCUCCCACCCCACAGCCAGGACAGGGCUGGAGAUCGGCUCCAAUGGCAUGCUGGGGGACUGCUCCAUUACCUGACCCCCAGGCCACCUAGAGGAGAAGGCCGUCCCACCUGGAGACCAUGUGGGGCUCCCAGGAGCUACUUCUGGUGUGGUUUCUGGUGCUGGCAGCGGGUGGCACCGAACACCACCUCUACCGGCCCAGCCGCAGGGUGUGUGCCUUCGGGGGUGCCAGGGGCCCUGUCCCCGAGUCCUUUGUGCAGCGGGUGUACCAGCCCUUCCUAACCACCUGUGAUGGGCACCGGGCCUGCAGCACAUACCGAACCAUCUAUAGGACUGCCUACCGACGUAGCCCUGGGCCAGCCCCUGCCAGGCCUCACUAUGCCUGCUGCCCCGGCUGGAAGAGGACCCCCGGGCUCCCCGGAGCCUGCGGAGCAGCAAUAUGCCAGCCGCCUUGCCGGAACGGAGGGAGCUGUGUCCAGCCAGGCCGCUGCCACUGCCCUGCAGGGUGGCAGGGUGCCACCUGCCAGACAGACGUGGAUGAAUGCAGUUCAGGAGGGGGUGGCUGUCCCCAGCGCUGUGUGAACACCGCAGGCAGUUACUGGUGCCAGUGUUGGGAGGGGCACAGCCCACCUGCGGAUAGGACACUCUGCUUGCCCAGAGGAGGGCCCCCCAGGGUGGCCCCAACUCCCACGAUAGGAGUGGACAGUGCAGUGAAGGAGGAAGUGCAGAGGCUGCGGUCAAGGGUAGAUGUGCUGGAGCAGAAGCUGCAGCUGGUGCUGGCUCCGCUGCACAGCCUGGCCUCACGGGCCCUGGAGCACGGGCUCCCCGACCCCGGCAGCCUCCUGGCCCACUCUUUCCAGCAGCUGGACCGCAUCGACUCUCUGAGUGAGCAGAUCUCCUUCCUGGAGGAGCAGCUAGGGUCCUGCUCCUGCAAGAAGGAGAUGUGAUUGGCCCAACCCAGGACCCCUCACCCCAGGCUGGACUGAGCCUACAUCCCACCCCUCCCCACUCUGCCCUGCAGCCCUCCCUGACGUGCUAGAGCCCAGAUUCCACUCCUGGCGGUGACUGUGAGCAGGAGGCCAGAGGGGCCCUCACUCAAGACUCCUGGGAUUCAGGCGGUGGGAGGGGUGGGGACCUCUGCGUGAAUCCACCCCUGGCAACCCCUGGAGAGCUUUCCAGGGCCUGGUGGUCAUGGCCAAGGGAAGGUACGAGGGCUCCCACCCAGAGCCCAGGACCAGUGGUCCUCACUGGGCAGCCUGCCGGGAGAAGGGGUGGGGGCCUGUUCCCGGAUCUUUGUCAGAAUAAAAUGAGACUUGA